CUAUACUCUCUCUCUCUCUCUCUCUCUCUCUCUCUCUCUCUCUCUCUCUCUCUCUCUCUCUCUCUCUCUCUCUCUCUCUCUCUCUCUCUCUCGUUACGUCUCCGAUCCUAACAGGUUUGCAUCUUGAAUAUUGGUUCUUUAUUCGUAAAUGCAUUCUUUUUCAUAAGAUAGAGAAGACUAUAAGGAAGCUGCCUAGUAAUGCACUGGUAAAACAAGGCGGCCAUAACUUUUUCUUGCUUCCUGCUCCAAGUAAUUGGCCAAGGCAAUGAGUCCAAUUAAGCUGACUCUACUCCAUCACUCGUAUACACCUUAUUUUAUGGAAUGUUGUCAUGCUCACACACUUCUCUAGCUUCUUACAUAUAUAUAAACACAUGUUCUGUUGCAGCCUUGUCAAAUUGUUCAGAUGAUUCUCAGUCAGUAAGGCUUAGAAUUCUAAUCGGUCAUUGUGAUAAUCAUACAUGGAGGGAAGUUGUAGCAGUGAGGAGUACUUGUCCAAGAUCAGCCUUAGGCCUUUGGGUGUUUCAGACAUUGAUGACGUCAUGGUCUGGGCCAGCGAUGAGAAAGUUGUUCUCUUCUGCACUUGGGAGGCUUAUACCAACAAAGAAGAUGGCAUUAAAUUCAUCAAGGAGCAUGUUGUCCCACACCCCUGGUUCAGGGCAAUCUGCCUUGACAACAAGCCAAUUGGUGCCAUUUCGAUAUGCACGAAACCAGGGAAUGAUAGUUGCAGAGGUGAACUCGGCUAUGUUUUGGGGUCUAAGUACUGGGGGAAGGGGAUUGCAACAAGGGCUGUGAGAAUUGUGGCCGAUACAAUUUUUAAGGAGUGGGCUCAUCUGGAGAGACUAGAAGCUCUUGUUGAUGUGAACAAUGUGGGAUCACAGAGGGUUCUGGAGAAGGCCGGGUUCCAGAAGGAAGGUGUUCUCAGAAAGUAUGUAGUUCUGAAGGGAAGAACUUGUGAUAUGGUGAUGUAUAGUCUUCUUCCUUCAGAUCAAUGUCAUACUUGAUUUAUUUGCAGAAAAAUAAUGUGCUUUGAAGACCAUGUAUGCAGUAUGCAGACUAGAUACUAAUUACUAGAGUAUUCCAAUAUAAUUAUUUGGUUGCCAUAGUUGAAAAUCAAUCUCAUACACUACUAGGGAAGAGAAAUGAAAAUGAAAUGUAAACAUUAUACAUGCUCAGACAACAUCCCGGCCAUUCCGCAAACUGCAAAAUCAGAAGGAAGCUUUCUAGAGCAAAUCAG